GAGUUCGCCCGCCGCCUGCGCCGAUCCCCAUCCAUCCCGUGAGCUAGCAGAGGCGCCGUCGUGGUCGCCGUCGUUCGUCCUGCUGCUUCCGCCGCAUCCCGAUCCGCCACUGCUGAACGGGGUGCUUUCGCCAUGUCGAGGCUGCGGGCGCUGUGGCAAGCCUCCGUUAACGCCACCAGGCGAGCCAUUGUGUGGAAUUCAGAAGACCUAAUCCCACCAAGUGAAAAGUACAUCUUCAAUUUUAAUUCAAAAGAUGAGCUGAAAAGGUGGCACUUGUAUUCAGAUUCCGAGUAUGGAGGUUUAUCAUCUGCAUCAUUGGAGAUAACUGAUGGUGGUGCUGGUGGGGAUACUUCAUCAACUGGUCUCUUUUCUGGCAAUCUCUCUUUGGAUAUGUCUGAGGGAUCAACAUGGAAGAUAAGGCGUAGUGGUUUCUGUGGAAUGAGAUCAAAGAAGUUUAAUGGUUUCAUUGAUCUUGAUGCAUAUGAUACUAUAGCGAUGAAACUCAGAGGGGAUGGAAGAUGCUACAUAUCUACUAUAUACACAGAGAACUGGGUGAAUUCACCUGGACAACAGGAAGAUAAUUCGUGGCAAGCCUUUGUGUACUUACCCCAGGACAGAUGGCAAAUCAUGAAGAUCCCUCUUGAUUCGUAUCUACCCACAUGGAGAGGAAAUGUGAUCGAAGCAAAGAUGGAAAUGAACCCUGCUCGUGUUGUGGGAAUGUCUCUAUCCGUAAAUGCUGAGGGCGGUGUACCUGGUGCAAAGACUGGACCAGGUGAUUUUAGGCUAGAGGUUGAUUGGAUCAAGGCAUUGAGGACACUCUGAAUUUGUGGUUUCCACAAAUCGGUCUUUUUGUAGGAUUUCUCAGGGCUGGAAAUUUCUUACCGGCACUUUUUCAUGUGAUAAUUGCUGAAUAUCACGAGGCAUGGAGAUGCGUCAUGCAGUUUGUAUUACUCCUAGUCAAUACAAUGGGACAUCGAAAGGAGGCAACUGUUCAGCGCAGAUGAAUAAUGAGGUCUCUUUUGCUUUUGGGGGAAAUGAAUAUACAAAUGUAUCACCUGUUUCUUAUGGCUGUCUGAACAUACGUUACUUCCUUGCUACUGUGUCCGAUGAAUUUUUAUCCAUUCCGCAUCAA